AUGGGCUGCGCCCCUAGCAUCCACGUCUCGCAGAGCGGCGUGAUCUACUGCCGGGACUCGGACGAGUCCAACUCGCCCCGCCAGACCACCGGCGCGUCUCCGGGCCCCGCGGCCGCCCUGCACGGCCUCUUCGUCCAGACCGACGCCGCCGACGAUCCCCCCAGCCGCGCGUCCGGACCCCCGGGCGCCGCCCGCGUCCGCAGGGCCCGAGGCGAGCUGGGCAGCGGCAGCAGCGCGGGCUCCGCUGCCCGCGCGGCGACCACCUGCAGGGGCCGGAGGCGCCACUGCUGCAGCAGCGCGGAGGCCGAGACCCAGACCAGCUACACCAGCGUCAAGGUUUCUUCUGCGGAGGUGCGCAUUGGGCCCAUGAGACUGACGCAGGACCCUAUCCAGGUUUUGCUGAUCUUUGCAAAGGAAGACAGUCAGAGCGAUGGAUUUUGGUGGGCCUGUGACAGAGCCGGUUAUAGAUGCAAUAUUGCACGGACUCCAGAGUCAGCCCUUGAAUGCUUUCUAGAUAAACAUCAUGAAAUUAUUGUAAUAGAUCACAGACAAACUCGAAACUUUGAUGCAGAAGCAGUGUGCAGGUCUAUCCGGGCUACAAACCCCUCCGAGCACACAGUGAUCCUUGCGGUGGUUUCACAAGCAUUGGGCGACCAUGAAGAGGCCUCAGUCCUCCCUCUUCUGCAUGCAGGCUUCAACAGGAGAUUUAUGGAGAAUAGCAGCAUAAUUGCUUGCUAUAAUGAAUUGAUUCAAAUAGAACAUGGGGAAGUUCGCUCACAGUUCAAAUUACGGGCCUGUAAUUCAGUGUUUACUGCAUUAGACCAUUGUCAUGAAGCCAUAGAGAUAACAAGCGAUGACCAUGUGAUUCAGUACGUCAACCCAGCCUUUGAAAGGAUGAUGGGCUACCACAAGGGCGAGCUUCUGGGGAAGGAACUGGCCGAACUACCCAAGAGCGAUAAGAACCGAGCAGACCUCCUGGACACCAUCAACACAUGCAUCAAGAAGGGCAAGGAGUGGCAGGGGGUUUACUAUGCCAGACGGAAAUCCGGGGACAGCAUCCAACAGCACGUGAAGAUCACCCCGGUGAUUGGCCAAGGAGGGAAAAUUAGGCAUUUUGUCUCCCUCAAGAAACUGUGUUGUACCACUGACAAUAAUAAGCAGCUUCACAAAGUUCAUCGUGAUUCAGGGGACAAUUCUCAGACAGAGUCUCAUUCAUUCAGAUACAAGAACAGGAGGAAAGAGUCUAUUGAUGUGAAAUCGAUAUCUUCUCGUGGCAGUGAUGCCCCCAGCCUGCAGAAUCGGCGCUACCCGUCCAUGGCAAGGAUCCAUUCCAUGACCAUCGAGGCGCCCAUCACAAAGGUCAUAAAUAUAAUCAAUGCUGCCCAAGAAAACAGCCCCGUCACAGUAGCAGAAGCCUUGGAUAGAGUUUUAGAAAUUCUGCGGACCACGGAACUGUACUCCCCUCAGCUGGGUACCAAGGAUGAAGAUCCUCACACCAGUGACCUUGUCGGCGGCCUGAUGACGGAUGGCUUGAGGAGGUUGUCAGGAAACGAGUAUGUAUUCACUAAAAAUGUGCACCAGAGUCACAGUCACCUUGCGAUGCCAAUAACCAUCAACGACGUCCCCCCGAGUAUCGCUCAAUUGCUCGAUAAUGAGGAAAGCUGGGAGUUCAACAUCUUUGAGUUGGAAGCUGUGACACAUAAAAGGCCGUUGGUUUAUCUGGGCUUAAAGGUCUUUUCCCGGUUUGGAGUAUGUGAAUUUUUACACUGCUCUGAAACUACUCUCCGGGCCUGGCUCCAAGUGAUCGAAGCCAACUAUCACUCCUCCAAUGCUUAUCAUAACUCCACCCACGCCGCCGACGUUCUGCAUGCCACUGCCUUCUUCCUCGGAAAGGAAAGAGUAAAGGGAAGCCUCGAUCAGCUGGAUGAGGUGGCAGCAUUGAUUGCUGCCACGGUCCACGAUGUGGAUCACCCGGGAAGGACCAACUCGUUCCUGUGCAAUGCAGGCAGUGAGCUCGCCGUGCUCUAUAACGACACCGCUGUCCUGGAGAGUCACCACACAGCCCUGGCCUUCCAGCUCACAGUCAAAGACAGCAAAUGCAACAUUUUCAAGAAUAUUGACAGGAACCAUUAUCGAACGCUGCGCCAGGCUAUUAUUGACAUGGUUUUAGCAACGGAGAUGACAAAACACUUUGAACAUGUGAACAAAUUUGUGAACAGCAUCAAUAAGCCACUGGCAGCUGAGGUUGAGGGCAGCGACUGUGAAUGCAACCCUGUUGGAAAGAACUUCCCUGAAAAUCAAAUCCUGAUCAAGCGCAUGAUGAUUAAGUGUGCUGAUGUGGCCAAUCCAUGCCGCCCUCUGGACCUGUGCAUUGAGUGGGCUGGGAGGAUCUCCGAGGAGUAUUUUGCACAGACUGAUGAAGAAAAGAGACAGGGGCUCCCCGUGGUGAUGCCAGUGUUCGACCGGAAUACCUGCAGCAUCCCCAAGUCCCAGAUCUCCUUCAUUGACUACUUCAUCACGGACAUGUUUGAUGCUUGGGAUGCCUUUGCACAUCUGCCAGCCUUGAUGCAACACUUAGCAGAUAACUACAAACACUGGAAGACAUUAGAUGACCUAAAGUGCAAAAGUCUGAGGCUUCCAUCUGACAGCUAAAGCCAAGGCAGAGAAGGGGACCUCUUGAUCUACAAAGGGCACUGUGAAUCACAGUAGUGUAAAAAGGCUUUCCUUUAUCAUGAAAAUGACAGGUAUAGGUUAAGCGGAUAAUGUUUAAUAUUUGGUAUUUAAUUAUUCAAGUCCCCAGGUUUCAUUUUUUGAAAGUUAUGUUCUAUGAAGGAAAAAUUCUUUUAAAUACUUACUGACAGAACAAACACAUGGCAAACUCCUGUGCUCUGCUGUCAUUCUCUGUACCCUCAUCAAACCAAAGUUAAUUUGCUGUCCAAUAGGAUAAAAGCAGCAAAGAUUUGGUCCUUAUGAGCCUCUCUGUGGAUGAUGACCAAAUAGCUCAGCUCAUUUCUUACCGUAAGUUACCAUCAUUAUUUAGCUUGACUAUUUUCUUUAAGAGCAUCGUCUGAAGGAUUUAUAAAGUGAGCAAAGCAACUAACUAGCUUCACAGCCUUGGUUGUUCUUUCAGUCCGUGGUGUUACAUCAAAGUUAAACAGUCUUGACCUUGUGAGUGUCCUCUCUAGCUUGGUAUUUAGCAACCUGAGUCACCCACUUUCUUGUAACAGGGAUUCAUCCUAAUAGAAAGCCAUCCAUGACAGGGAAGGAAGCAACAUCUGGUUCUGAGGGAGUCAUAAGGCACUAUAUUACAUAAAAGCCAUUAAACGGAAUGCCCUUGGACAAGCUUUUUUAAAAAAAAAAAAAAUUUAUAUACAUUUGCUGUCAUGUUGAAACAUGAAAAUUCCAUUUUUAUUAAAUUUUUAUUAAAGCAAUUUGAAUUUUUUGGGUAUAACCAUGGAGUAUGUUGUGCCGUGUACCAUCUCUACAUAUAUAUUUGGGGAGGGGAUGGGGAGAAAGUUCAGAUAUUUUUAACCGAUCUAUAUUUAAGAUCACGCCAUUUUGCUUCAAAGAUGUAAAAAAGGAUCGCAAGACGUGUAAAUAUCAGAAAAACAAGCUAAUGAGAAAGCAGUAAAUACUAUUUUAAGCUAUUGUAUGCUAAAAGCUUCUGAAGCACAAGUGCAUAUUUUUAUACAGCUCUUUUCACAACUUUCUGUGAGCUACACAAAGUCAACUUGAGAUUUUCCUUUGUCAGCCCUUCUCUAUAUGUAUUAUCACUCUUACCAAUUCAGUAAAUGAAAUCUUCAUUUUGCUUUUAAAUUCUGUGUAUGGCAUACCGCAUUUUUAAGAGGUACAGAGUGAAUUAAUUGAACCAGUAGUUUUAUAAAAUGAAAAGUGGAAUGCAGGAUACUUGGAACUACUACACUGGAAAAAAAAAAAUGACUAUCACUACAUAAUGUGCCAAUUUUUUCCUGUUUUGUACCAAAAAAAGUAAACAUGACAAUUCCAUGCAAAGAAAUGUAUCUAAAUUAUUUUUGUUAGAUAAGAGAAUUUGCUUGGUAAGGACAACAGCCAGCUUUGUAUUGUAAUGUUGCAUUAUGUAAAUGUGAUAAAAAAUGUUUUUGUGAAGUACUUGUAACUAAAUUCUUACAGCCAUUUUUCAGUCCCAACACCUUUUUAUUUUCCUACUUUGGCCUAAAUUUUUCAUAAUUUCAAAAUUUCGGUUUAGUGUCCUUUAUUUCCUGAGUCACCUUUUUUUCAGAACACAUUAAAUCCAGGAUGCCAGAAUCCAUUUUAAGGAGCUAAAUAAUGUGUUUAGCUUUCAGCAGCUUAUUUGAGGCAAGGACAAUCUUUUUCUGACCAUCUUGCUUUCAGUUCCUUUUGGUAAGUAUCAUUUAGCCAGCUGUCUGACAUUUCUAUACGAACGUUAAAGCUUACCCGAUAUUAUUCCUUUUAUUUAGCUGCUAGCUAAACAGUAGAUUUCUCCACAUAGUGAAUUUAUUAAAAAUACAGUCACUCAAAUGGUGUAUGUAUCAGAUUGGUAUGAGCUAUUAUAACUGCCUCCUCUACUGAGUUGUUUAUUGAAACAUUCUGUUCUGAGGAGAGUCUUAUGGAAAAUGCAGCACAACCUGAUACUAUAAUUUAAAUGGUUAAAUUUGCUUACCUGAAUUAGCAAAGAAUAAGUCUUGUCAGGUCUGUGGGAAUCCACUGAAUCUGAGAGGAAAAAAAAUAGAAGGGAGAUCUACUUCCCCCUAAAGUUUAGGCUUCUGACUGUUAUGUGAAUAUAACCAGAGAAUGAGGGAGUAAAAGGAUUUUAAAAGAACUGGACAAAGGACUGUACAGUGUUAAUUUGGAGUUGCAAAUGUAGUGGUAAAAAUGCACAUAAGUACUG